CCGCGAUGCAUGCGGGAUUGCCACGUCGCUCGGUAUUCGCUACCUUUGGAUCGAUGGCCUUUGCGUCAUUCAAGAUGACCCCGUCGACCGCGAGGUCGAGCUGUCAAAGAUCGCCGGGAUCUACCGCAAUGCCUCGGCCACGAUCACGCGACAAUACAUCCCAGCAGAGCCGCCCAUAAAGCUCCCGGGUAUUUCAGGCUGCGAUCAGAUGCUGAUCGAGCCUUACUCCGUUUUAUGUAAUCGCUGUGCUUCGUCUUCCGGAAAAGGAACGAAGUUUCCUGGCGUUGCCAUGGUUCAUCCAAAGGUGCGGGACUUCUUGAAAGGGUAUACCUCGGGGCUGAUGGGGCUGGAAACUGAGACCGGCCCAUUCAAGGUUGAGAUCAUCUGGCUGCCAGAUGUGGUGGCGGAAGAGCAGCAAUCACCGGGCAAAGAAAAGACCGAGGAUGACAAUGAUAUGGAUGAUGGUGGUUUAGAUGACUCACAGGCUUCAGGAUCAUUGAGCCCCGGCUGUGAGUUGGCGGGGUCCAAGGCGCCGCAGAGAGGAACGGAAUUAGCAGAGGAGCAGCAAAACGCGGCCGUUGGAGGAUCAAAGCCACUGGCCAUUAGCUUGGUCAAUCCUAGCACACUUCCCACAGAGGUAAUGCUUGAAGCAGAGCCCGUCGAGCCGAAAUAUCAUCAAGUUGACCCUAGGCUGCAGGAGGGAGAUGACAUCCGGGCACCAAUAUCGGACUCCGUCCAGGUGCAGCAGCUCAUCACCACCGCAACCGAAGUGGCUGAGAAUGGACUUCGUGUGUACGCGGCACAGACGAUAGAAAGUUCCUUCCGCGCGCUCGCCGCGAUCGUUCGAGCGCGUGAUCAAGUCAGUGCUUUUUGUGAGAGAUCAUCCAAGGCCCUUACCAGCUACAUUGUGUUCAGCACAUAUCUCGCCCGGAUUCUGAUCCAGCAGGGCUGUGCCCAGGAGGCUGUCGAUCUGCUUUGCGACUUAGCGGCAAAGUCCGACGACAUAGAAACGAGGAUAGAGUCUAAAGUUGAUGUUUGCAGCAUGAGUAGAUUUCAUUUGGCCAGAGGCGACGCGGAAUUCGCCUUGUCGCGGCAUCGAGAGGCGAAGUAUUCCUAUGGCUUAGCACUAGCAGCACUUGAGGGUGAGAAAAUAGUUAGACUAGGGAACCAGACGGUCGAUGAAGAAGCCAAUCUCGUUGCCCUGGCACACCUGAAGCUGGCCGACGUGUACAUGAAAGAAGAGAAUUUUGGAUUAGCACAUGACGCCCUCCGCGAGACAAUCACCCACUUCGAAGCCUGCGAAUCCAAGGACGGACAGAUUCAGUACGCCCGUGGGCUGCAUCGACAGUCGCUGGUCUAUGGUUUCCAGGGGAAUGAACGCCUCCGCAAGGUCAAGUUGGCGGCGGCCAAACAGGCAUUGCAGAAUGUGUUGGAGCUUGACAAUGAUGGCCUCGCCUUGUUCUCCGUCCAAGGUGAUGUUAAGGCGGACGUGUUUGAACGAUUUCUUCAUCUGGGGAUGAGAUGAAGCUGGCAUUUUGCCUGUAUGUUGUUGUAGACUGUUGAUCGAUCUCUCGUCUCCCCAAGUUCCUUUCCGGUUAUAAGGUUUCUUAUCUUCCAUCUCAGCACAUACGACCACAGGGUGUGGAAAAUAGGGCUUCCCGUCCGCUCAGCCGUACUCAAGCCACACGCCGGGAGGUUAGUAGUUGGGUGGGUGACCACCAGCGAAUCCCUUCUGUUGUAU